AUGACAAAAGAUGUUCCGCUUCAACAGGCACACAGUGUAGAUGGAUUUAAUAGAAGUGUCUUCCUGCAUUUCUCCUUGUCUCUCCAGAAGGUUAGUGUUCCAAAUGAAGAGACCACCCCAUCCGACAUCGUCCUGCUACCAUCCGGACCACUCAACUCUCAAGACCUGAAUGUACAAGUCAAAGCCACUCAGAUGACACAAAGAGGGGAUGCAGGAAGCAGUAUCAUAACUUUCAUCUUUGACAACCAAGCUGCUGAAACUGUCAUGGACAUACAAAAAAGUCAAGAAGAUGACGAUGAUGAACCAGAAGCUUCAAUGUUGAAUCCCUACCCUGAAACUGAAUCUAGGAUGGAACUGUGGACACAAGUCCCUUUUCUAUCUUUGACAGAUGAGAAAGACACGUCAGUCACUGAAAAUCCAAAUAUUCCAAGUCUUCACCUUCAACCAGAGGGGCCCACAACUCCAGGUUUCUCACAAGGAUCCCAACCUGCAAGGUCGGAGAUGUCACCUCCGCUUGUAGAAACUCCAUUCUUCAAAGCAAAAGGAGAAAAAGUAUCAACUGAGACAAGAGCAGAGGAACACUUUGGUGCACUAAUUCCAAACAUCGCUGGUCCUACUCCCAUUCUCAGAGGAGAAGCAGGAAGUAUUCUUGAAGCAGUGACUAUGGAAGAUCACAAUGAGAAAUUAGGAGAUACUUUGGAAACAGAACAAACAGAUGGUGAUAAAGACAUAGGCAUGGAUAGUGAGGAGCAACAGGAAAGACAUGUCACCAGCAUGGGCUCUAAUGAUAUCACUGAUCCUGCUGAGGAAUAUGAUUUACCAUCAGUAGAAAGGACUCCAGGAGAAUCCACCCAAUCAGAGACGACUGACACUCCAAUGAACAGUCCUAAACUAGAAAACCAGCAUCUUCAACACACACUUUCUGGACGAGCACCAAGACCCGGGCACCAAGGUCAAAUGGGUUUACAGGGUCCACCAGGUCUAACAGGACUUCCAGGACCAAAAGGGGCCAAAAAACUGAAGGGACCUCCAGGACCUCUUGGACCUCCUGGAAAUGCAGGGCCGAUUGGUGUCCCUGGGACACAAGGUAUGCCGGGGCCCCAGGGCCGACCUGGGACUGAUGGGACCCCAGGGGACAAUGGACAACCAGGACCCCGGGGCUUACCUGGAGAACAGGGGCCCCGAGGCUACCGUGAAGAGAAAGGCAGCAAAGGGGAGCUGGGUGAGUGGAAUUACUACAGCUUCUGCUUGGGGACAGCUGUCCCUGUUAGCCAGUUGUGGUUCCCGGAACGUUUGACGGUGGAUGCUGGGAACUCAGUGGGUUAUGAGGGGGAACCUGGAGCACAAGGCAAUCGAGGUUUGAAAGGACACAAGGGGAAUAAAGGUGUCAGAGGCACUGUUGGGCUUCCAGGUUACCUGGGAAUACCAGGAGCUAGGGGUCCUCCUGGUUUCCGUGGACCAUCAGGAUCCCAGGGACUAAGCGGAGCACCAGGGUUUGGCGGACCACCAGGCUUGCAUGGCAAAAUGGGUCCAAAGGGAGCAAAAGGUGUCCCAGGAGUGAAUGGUCCUCCAGGUCAACAAGGUGAAAUUGGCCCUAGAGGAGCAACUGGACCAGAGGGAGAACCUGGUCCCAAUGGAACUGCUGGCUCUCCAGGCAUACAGGGUCCUCAGGGUAAACCCGGACCUGUUGGACCCCCAGGUACUAAGGGAGAUCCUGGUCGUCCAGGGGAUGAAGGAGACAUAGGAGAGCCAGGACCCCUUGGUCCUUAUGGAGCAAAUGGGAAUCCAGGAUUGCCUGGACCCUCAGGUGAUCCAGGGACUAAAGCCAUGUUGGGUGUGAAAGGUUAUCCAGGAUUUAAAGGAGACCUGGGACCCCCAGGACCUCCUGGAAAGUCUGGCUUUAAGGGACGUGGAGGUCCAUCAGGACUCGAAGGACUUCAAGGGCCAACAGGACCAGCAGGGCUUGCGGGACCAACUGGAAUUGAUGGAACCAUGGGAGAGCAGGGAAACCAAGGCAAAGAUGGGCCGAAGGGAGACCGAGGGCUACCAGGGAUUCAAGGAGUACCUGGACCUCGAGGAGACAAGGGUCGUGAAGGUCGAUACGGAUUUUCAGGAAUACCUGGUCCUUUUGGAGAAAUGGGAAAAUCUGGGGAACCAGGACCAGAAGGAGAACGUGGUAUUAAGGGAAGCCCAGCAGUCCCAGGCACACUUGGGCUAAAAGGCUUAAAGGGUUUAAAAGGUCAUUCAGGAGACAGAGGACAAGAUGGAAUCCAUGGGGCAAUGGGUCCCGCUGGUACAAAUGGAGUGACUGGGGACACUGGACUGCCAGGUCCAAAAGGUUUACCAGGAAAGCCAGGAACAAGCGGCAUCCAGGGACCUGUAGGGAAAAGUGGAGAUGCUGGAAAUAAAGGAAUGAAAGGAACACCUGGGAAGCUGGGGAAAAGAGGGGCAAAGGGGAAAGAAGGCACUGGUGGACUUGUAGGGAUGGAAGGAAACAAGGGCAAGAGAGGAGAUAAAGGAAUAAGAGGAAAACCGGGCCCCCCAGGCAAGAUGGGUAUGCCUGGACCACGUGGACACACAGGACCUCCAGGUAUACAGGGUAAUGUUGGACCAUGGGGUGAGGUUGGACCCAGAGGCCCUCCAGGUGGAAAGGGGCCACAAGGACCAGUUGGGGCCAGUGCAAUCACAGGUUAUCCUGGCAACAAUGGACUUCAAGGACCAAAUGGCCCAUCUGGGGUCAAAGGUGAAAAGGGAUCCAAAGGGCCUCCAGGAGAGGAGGGACUUGCAGGUCUCGAUGGUGAGGAGGGUCCAGUUGGACUCCAGGGGUUUGAGGGACCACCUGGACUAAAAGGCACACCAGGUGAUAAAGGCAGCAAAGGACCUCCUGGUUGGAGAGGACCAAAGGGAACUGAAGGUGACCGUGGUGUCAGAGGUCCCCAGGGAGUGAAGGGCCCUCCAGGCAAACAAGGGUAUAUUGGUGUACCCGGGGACAGAGGUGCACAGGGAUCCUCUGGACUUAAGGGUCAACCAGGCCAGAGCGGUCUACAGGGGAUGCUUGGACAGUUUGGACCAGGGGGAGAUACUGGAAACCCUGGAGCCAAAGGACAGAAGGGUCUUCAGGGACUUACGGGUCCUCCUGGCCACAUUGGUCCCCCAGGUCUUAUUGGACCAUCCUCACCUGGUUUCCCAGGUAAAGUAGGCCCUGGCGGCAAAUCUGGGAAUCCUGGCCCAAAGGGCAGUGUGGGAAAGGAAGGUCAUAUUGGUCCUCCAGGCAUCAAAGGAGACAUGGGAAUAACAGGUCUAAAGGGUACAAAAGGAGAGCCUGGGACACAUGGAGCAAUGGGGAAAAUGGGAAGUUUAGGCUUUAUUGGGCCUCCUGGUUCUAAAGGUCGACCCGGAUCACCUGGUCCUCCCGGUCCAACUGGAAAUAAGGGGAUUCAAGGGACAACAGGAUGGUCAGAUCAGCCUGGAAAAAAAGGGAAGAAAGGAUCCCUGGGGGAAACUGGACCUGAAGGUCCACCAGGGAAGCCUGGACCUGCAGGGAGACCUGGAGUACCCGGUCUAAAUGGUUUGGAUGGUUUACAUGGGGUUCAGGGUAAUGAAGGAUAUCCGGGUAACACUGGCUACACGGGAACUCCUGGAGUCCCAGGGAGGCCCGGUAAAAAGGGUGCGCCUGGACCACCUGGGAUCACAGGGAACAUUGGUGCACAUGGCCUUAAGGGUGAACGUGGACCACCAGGAAAGACGGGAGAACCUCCUGGACCAUUGGGUCCAAAAGGUAUCCCUGGACUGAUGGGACAGAAGGGUGAUACAGGAAGAGGCGGUGACACGGGUCUCCCAGGUGAAAGAGGGAUGCCAGGGCCAGUUGGUCCACCAGGAAUAAAGGGGAAUUCUGGUUUGCAGGGUGCAAAAGGUGUAACAGGUCAUAAAGGGAAGCAGGGGGAUACUGGUUCUCCUGGGCCGCAUGGCCUAAAAGGCUCCCCUGGACAAUCUGGUCACCUUGGACAGAAGGGAAUGAAAGGUGUCCAAGGCACCAGCGGACCUAAAGGGGUGAAGGGCAAGCAAGGACCCCCAGGAAAAACUGGUUUACCAGGAAAAUAUGGACCUAACCAAGGAAAGGUACCAAAAUAUAUAUAUAGACCCGUUGAGACAUCUGAAACCUUAACAAGAUCCAACACAUCCGAGUCUGAACACAAGCUCCUUCAAAGACAACAAAAACAGCACAGUCCAGUGAAGACUGAUGUGAGAGAGUCUCAAGACGAUGAAGCUUUCAAUUGGCCUCAAGGAACCAAAGAUGACCCUGGCACGACCUGCUAUGAGCUUGGACUCAUACACCCACAUCUGAAGGAUGGUUACUUCUACAUGGACCCCAACCAAGGUUGUCCCUAUGAUGCUGUGAAAGUGUUUUGUAACUUCACAGCAGGAGGAAGCACCUGCAUUAACCCUGUGCAGUCACAGAUAACAUUCAGGUGGAAUCCAGAAAGGCACAAAUCAUCAGUUCAAUGGUUCAGUCAUCAACAUGGCGGUGACAAGUUUGGUUACCCUGGUGUGGAUGUAGUCCAGCUGAGGUUUUUACGAUUACACAGCCACACAUCUUUCCAGAAUAUGAUUCUCAGCAGUACAGCAAACAGGACUGUGUUGGAUGGCAACAAUGACUUUAUCCACUUCCUGGGAGACUCCAGCAAAGAGAUCAAUUCACACCAUACCACAAUGGCCACAAUGGGACAUGAGGUAGAGGUGUUAGUGAGGGUUCGAGGCAGCACAGAGCUACAUCGAGGUGAUAUGCAGUUACUUCCUAUCAGAGAUUUGGGUAUAAAACUGCCACCAUUAUGGACGCACAUGUAUGAGGUCACAGUAGUCCUGGGGCCCCUCUGCUUCUUGUGACAAAUGCUGUGUGUGGAUGGGUAUGUGUGCUGUUUGCAUGUUUGUGUUAAGUCCUGUAAAUAAUUAAAAACAGCAGGGAUGUAUGGUGUCAAUUAAAUUAGUGCUGCACUCUAUUUUGUUUAUACAUUUGACAAAAAUAUAAAUGCAACACUUCUGUUUUUGCUUGGUUCUUUUAAUGGGCAACAUGAGGUGAUGCUUGU